GUGUUUGAGAGCUCCACCGGGGCGAAACCCAAACGUUCCAUCGUGUUGCUAGGCAACGCCGGCAUGGGCAAAAGCACGCUCAUCAAGAAGCUCUGCGUUGAUUGGUCCGACGGCCUCCUGCCUCAGUUUGACUUUGUGUUCUUACUGGACGGUAAGGCUCUGACCCGCCCCCCUGAGCCGACCUACAGCCUUCGGUCCCUCCUCCUACACCUCUCCUGCCCCCACCCGCGGGAUGUCUUCAGUCAGGUCCUCUCUGUCCCUGAGCGUGUGCUGGUGAUAUUCGAUGGCUUCGAGGUGGUGCGUGACUUGGAGGGGCUGCUUCAGUCUCCAGCGGAUGACAGUGAAGGGGAGAACUACAGCGUUAGACAGCUGUUCUCAGGUCUGCUCCAGAGGAAGCUGCUACCAGGCUGCUCUCUGCUCCUCUCUGCCCGACCACGAGGCACCGUCAGUGGGCUGCUGAGACGGGCUGACAGCCUCCUGGAACUCUCUGGUUUCUCCCCUCCGGACAUCGAGAGAUACCUGGGACAAUACUUCUCUGGACAGUCCCUAGAGGCCCCAACCUCAGUCCCAGACUCAAUCCCAGUCCCAACCUCAGUCUCAGUCCCAGCCUCAGUCCCAGUCCCAACCUCCGACUCAGUCCCAGUCCCAACCUCAGUCCUUGCACCAGUCCCAACCUCAGUCCUUGCACCAGUCCCAACCUCAGUCCCAGUCCCAGUCCUAGCCCCAGUCCCAGUCCAAGUCCUAGCCCCAGUCCCGGCCCCAGUCCCAGUCCCAGUCCCAGUCCCAGUCCUAGCCCUCACCAGGCUCCACAGCCAGCCAUUCCUUCUGUCUGUGUGUUGGAACCCAGCUCUGUGUCACCUGGUCUGUCUGCUUAUAGAACACUGGGAUGUUUCGGAGCCACUCCCCUCCACGCUGACUGGACUGUGUUACAGGGUGUUGCUACUAAAGAUGAGACGACACACCCUGAAACACACACGCGGUCAAACCCUACCCCAAACUCCAACCCAGGCACACACUCACACCCUUAAACACAGUCAAAACCACAUCCUUAAACACACACACUGUCAAACCCUACCUCAAACUCAAACCCAGGCACACACUCACACCCUUAAACACAGUCAAAAACACGUCCUUAAACACAAACGUAACUGGACUCGAGCGCACAUCCGCACUCGCUCUCACACUCAAUCCCAAAUUCAAUUAGAAGACGAGAAGAGGAGGAUAGAGAAGAGGGAGGAGGAAGAGAGGGAGGAGAGGGAGAAAGAGAGAGAGGAGAAGAGGGAGGAGGAAGAGAGAGAGAGGGAGGAGGGAGAGAAAGAGAGAGAGGAGAAGAGGGAGGAGGGAGAGGAAGAGAGAGAGGAGAAAAGGGAGGAGGAAGAGAGAGAGCGUGAGGAGGGAGAGAAAGAGAGAGAGGAGAUGAGGGAGGAGGAAGAGAGAGAGAAAGAGAGUGAGGAAGAGAGAGAGGAAGAGAACAGGUGUGUUCUGUCAGAGUUGAGCGGUCUGGCUUGGCAGGGCGUUAAAGGUCAUUCAUCUCUCCUGACUCUGGACAAGCUGCGGUUGUUUGGCCUGAGGACUGGACUGGUCCAUUCUCACUGGCUGAGGGGGGAGCAGGACAGAGAUGGUGACAACAUCCUGUCCUGGGCCCACCCUUUCCUGCAAAGCUUCCUGGGCGGGGCCCACCUGUCCGUCUCCAGCUGUGUGUCUGACCGCGCUCUGCUGGCCCAGAUACUACCACAGUGGUGUUCUACUCUACUCUGUUCUAUUCUAUUCGCUGUGAUAUCACACCUGGAGAACCUUCACCAUGGCGACCUGAGCCCCGCUCGGCUCCUGGAGGCGUGUCACUGCGUUUACGAGACAGGCGACGUCCGCUUGGUCAGGCACCUGGUACGGAACCUUCCCGAGGUUCUGUCGUUCCAAGGGGUUCCGCUGUGCCCCGCCGACGCCUUCGUCGUGUGGAACCUUUUGGACCAGUGUAGAACGCUGAGGAGGAGGUUCUGUCUGGGGCUGGAGGACACAGGACUGAGGAUGACAGGAUUGAAAUUCUACUCGUGUCUAUGGUUUUCUGAUCUGUGUGUUUUGAACAUGACUCUAGCGUGUGUGUGUGUGUGUGUGUGUCCCAGGGCGUGUAUCGCUGACACCAUCACUCUGUGGGAGGAGCUAGAGCGGAGUGGGGAGGAGGAGCUUCUGGAAGCGACUGUGUCCAAGUUGACCCUUAACCCUUUCAGAGCCACACAGGUGUCCCACAUCCAACACCUGUCCACACUGGUCAACAUACACACAAGCAGGAGACUGUCUGAGAGCCAAUCAGAUGGUGUCCUGGGGGAGGGUCUACCGGCAGUCAGAGAUCUUCACAAGCUGGAGUUUGAGUUGGGGCCAGUGAAUGGUCCUCUGGCGCUCCCUAAACUCCUGGAGCUGCUGCCAGCCCUGCACAGUCUACAUCACCUGGAUCUGGAGAACAGUAAACUGGGGGACAGUGGGGCUGAGGGUCUGGCAGGAGUUGUGCUGUCUCUCUCCUCUCUGCAGAUUAUCAAUCUGUCCCAGAACUGUAUAGGAGACCAGGGAAUAGAGAGUCUGGCUCGUCUGUCUACCCUCCCCUCGCUGCACUGUCUCAGCGUCAAGUACAACAGUUUCACGGCCCUGGGAGCUCAGAGUCUGGCUUCCAGUCUGAGGGACUGUCCAUGGAUCAAGAGUCUGGGGAUGUGGAAUGUGUGUAUUCCCUACGGAGUGUUAGAGAGACUGCAACAACAGGACCCACGGAUACAGCUGCUCUAGAACAUUGUUGUGUUGUUCUAACAGAACCCCAGAGGAUAGAGCUGCUCUGUA